AGCUGUUGGCGAUUUUCCCGCGAAAGCCGCACCGAGGUCGCUGGGCUGGUGUGUAAGAUGUGCAGGGCCAUUUAGUAAGAGUUACACCGCGUUCCAAAACACCAAAGAAAUCCCCGCAUUGUGGUCUCGUCGGGGUUUUUCCGCCGCGUUUAUCGCAUUUUCCUUGAAACUCUUAAAAAUUUACCCAGAUUGGCCGUAAAAGUAGUCCACGGAACGAUUUUGUGCGGUUGUUGAUGAUCUUUUAGUGAUGCUGUCACGGUUAAAGUUCAAGCUGUGGAAGCUGUAAGCCAUCCACAGAGGCUCAUUGCCCGUCUUUGGUGCAAUUUGGGUGGAAACUUGAAAAGAAAAAUAUCAAAUUGCGCCUAAAAGUAGACAACCGCGGUCUUUAGUGCUUUCUUUAAUAGAAAUAUUUACAACGACUAAAUCCUAAAGUUACCACGGAAAGCGGUUGCUGAUUUUCCGUACUUAAGUGGACGUUUCCUGUAAACUAUCACAUUGCGCCUGAAGGUAGUCCAUGUAACGUUUUUAAACGGUUUUCGUAUAAUUUCUUCAAGUGAUUUAACUGAAUUUCCGUACUGGGUGUGUACAUUGGUGUUGGUGCGUCCUGUGCGUCCUUUGCGUAAUAUUUUCUCAUGUUCCUUAUCUCUUAAGGGGCUAUCACCAUGGGAAAUAUGAGAAGAAACUUUCCCACACCAUAAUGUGCUCAACAAUUUCCGUGAUGUGAAUUUUUCGUUCUAUUGCCACCACUACCCCCAAAAAGUUACAUCCAAAACCCGUACCACCCUCUAUCAAUCCAUAAAAGAUCCUUCUCUUCGCCACCAAGAAGUCAUAGGGAAACUUUUGACAAAAUGCGUGGGAAGCAAUCAAGUGUGUGUGAGCCUAUUCACUCGUGACGUCACAGCUAGGCUCAUUAAUCUCCUCGCGCUAUUACUGCCAAAGAGUUUGGGGUGAAAAAAAUAAGAAGAAGAAGGGAGUAGUAGUAGUAGUAGUUCUGUGUAGAGUGUGUGUAACAUCUACCCCGUUGAGUGCUGUGAAUUACCACCCCCCUCGUGAUUGAUUUAACACGUGAUAGUUCUUUAAUCGAGAACGCGUGAUUUUGGCCAUCAAGAAAAAGCCAAAAAAAAGUUCUCCAAUAUGCAAAAUAAAUGGAUUUACUUCCUAAUCUUCAGUGGAAUUAUCUCUUCAGCCAUUUGCACAAGCAGCACAACCACCGUUCGCAAUAUUGACGAUGAAAAUGUGCCCCUCGUUCUCUCAGAAGCUGUGCAAGGUUCCAUUGGGCGGUUACCAUGCAACGUGACACCUCCCAUUCCCGAUGACAAAGUCAUUUUGGUGAUUUGGUACAAGGAUGGCUACACGACACCAAUCUACAGCUUUGAUGUGCGAAAAUCAAAGUUCGAAAAGGGUGCCCAUUGGGUGGAUGAAAAAAGCUUCGGUGGACGUGCUUUCUUCCAGGCUGCUGCACAACCUGCAUCCCUUACCAUUGACUCGGCAAAGAGUUCCGACUCAGGGAUGUAUCGAUGCCGUGUGGACUUCCAUAAAAGCCCCACAAGGAAUGCUCGUGUCCAAUUACGAGUUAUUAUUCCACCGGAAAAAUUGCUGAUGCUGGACGAAAAGGGCGUUCAUAUUCCCCACUAUAUCCUGGGACCAUACAAUGAAGGUGCUUCCGUUAACAUUACAUGCGUCUCAAUUGGUGGACGACCAUUGCCAAAUGUAACGUGGUGGCACGAGAGUACUUUGCUGAAAAGUCAUUCGAUGGUGCUGUCGGAGAAGCGUGUCAAGAGCAUCCUUCAGCUGGAGAAAUUGCAGAGGAGUCACCUUCACAUGGUGUUAACAUGUCAGGCAUCCAACAACAACGUCACAACCCCCAUAAGCUCAUCAGUAACACUCGAUUUGAACUUACGACCACUGCGGGUGAAGUUGCUAGGUGAGAAUCGUCCAUUAUCAGCGGAUAGCACGUACGAGCUGUGGUGCGAAGUGGCAGGAGCAAAGCCAGCACCCACGAUAACAUGGUGGAAAGGGAGUAUGCCGAUGAGGAAUACCAGAGAAUUAGCAAGUCCCGAUGGCAAUAUAACAACGUCCAUCCUCAGCUUUACACCCACCAUUGAUGAUCGCGGGAAGUUUCUCUCCUGUCGUGCUGAGCAACCACUUAUUCUGGAAUCUGGCAUUGAACAUGGAUGGAAAUUGGACAUCUACCAUAUUCCCGUUGUGUCGUUGGAAUUUGGGACAAACUUGAAUACAUCGUCAAUUCGCGAGGGAGCUGACGUGUACUUUGAGUGCAACAUUAAAUCCAACCCAUGGGUAUAUCGUGUCAGCUGGAGACAUAACGGCAAAAUAUUGGACAACAAUGUAGCCGAAGGCAUCGUUGUGGCGAACCAGAGUCUCGUCCUUCAGAAUGUAAGUCGUGCCCGGGGUGGUUUGUACACUUGCGUGGGUAGUAAUCGCGAAGGGGAUGGUGAGAGUAACCCCGUCACGUUGGAUAUAAAAUUUCCACCACUGUGUCGUCCGGGACAGAUGGACAGCUAUAGUGCAGCAAGGGGUGAAUUGGUGAAGAUUCAGUGCGAAGUUGAGGCAAAUCCGGAUGACAUCAAUUUCACAUGGAAAUUCAACAGCACCCAAUUUGAGUUCUUGGACAUCCCGACAUCCGUUAUCGCAUUCGAUCAUGCCAAGAGUAUUGCUCACUAUUUGCCACGAACAGAACAUGAUUAUGGAACCCUUCUGUGUUGGGGUAGCAACGAAAUCGGCACUCAGGCGGAUCCAUGUGUCUUCCACAUCAUCCCAGCAGGUCCUCCGGAUCCACCGAGCAACUGCACAGUGCUCAAUAUAACGUACGAUAUGAUACAGGUGGAAUGCAUUGAAGGUUUCAAUGGUGGACUACAGCAGAGCUUUUUUGCUGAAGUUUACUCAUCCGAAGCUCGUCAAUUGGUGACAACCACAAAGUCUCGGUUACCCUACUUUGAGAUUCGUGGCCUGCAAUCAGGUGUGGAGUACAUACUCCUGUUUGCAGCAACAAAUUCAAAGGGAACCAGCAAAUCAGUCCGCCUCAAUGCCUACACGCUGAAGAAUCCUGAAAAGCAAACAGACAUGGCUCUCGGAGCACCUGUCAUUGAAGACAUGAAGCCCUUCUUGGCUAUUCUUCUUGGAGUUGUGGGUGGUUUAGUCUUCAUUGCCUUCGUCAUUGUCUUUAUUGUCCGCCUAAGGGGUUCAAGUGGGAGGGAUCACAAUAACUGCACGAGCCACAUAGCACCUAGCCUAUCGACAACAACAACAACAAUGAGAAACUCAACGCAUCCAUCGCAAAUGGAUGGACUCGAUCCAGGAAGGGAUUCAUGCGAUGAUAGCCUCGAUAGUAUGGAGAAAAAUCCCGAUAUUAUACCACAAGGUCCCCAACCAUCACUUGGAGACCGCGAUGAUGAGAAGGGGUUUGAGUGGAUCAAUACAACUGCCCACCCACGGUUGUAUGCAACAGCUGCCCUCGCUGAGCAGAAUGGCCUCAAUGCCCUGGGCAGCUAUGAGAGGAUGGUGGCAUAUCAGAGUGCUGCUGCUCCGAAUUUCUUGCCACCAACAACUUACAGCACAAUGCGACCUGUGGUCACGAGCCUGGCGCAACAGCCAACAAUGAAUGACCAUCUAACGUAUGCAGACCUCUCCCUGCUGGCCCCAUCGAAGCGACCACCCUAUACGACAGCAACCCUCGGACGACCACGACAUGGUGACCUAAAGCGACAGCACGAGCCAACGAUUUACGCACAGAUUGAUUUGGCUAGAAAUCCCAGCUAUACCCACCACCCAUCAGCUGUCUAUGGCACAAAUACAAUUUCCCGGCUGCCACCCACAACGGUCAUGUCCCAUCCAUCACAAAUGACAACGUUUCCACCUCCGGCGCCCUUUGCGAAUAAAACACUCGUGACAACAAACAACAUGACAGAUGGGCCCUGCUCAAAUAGUGCGAAGAAUCCCACCCGGAUGGCAAUCCCAGAGGGGGAGGUGACCAAAACAACUACCCUUGAUAGGUCAUCGGGUAUUACGUCACCUCCCCCCGUGGAUCCCACCAUUAACUACACAACACGCUUCUGACACCAAUAAAUUCAUCUCCUCUCCACCAACCCCCACCAACAUCCUGUAAAAUGAACGAAUCCUGGGAAUCUCGUUCGCGAGGAGACAACAACUUUUUUGUAAAUAAACUAAACUAAAAAAAAAUAUACACCUAUUAAAAACAACAAUAAAAACGUUUUGAGGUAAAUAAAAAAAACAAGAACUAUAUACAACCAUUUGCGACAAACACUGUGAAUAUACUUAACGAAGAUAUAAAAAUAAAUAAA